AUUGGGUUGAGUUUAAGAAGGGCUGGUGCACUGACCUUGCAACUGAAACUUAAGCCGGACGUACAUGCCAAAGACAUCCAUUGAAGGCAUUCCCAAGAGGAAGGAGAAGACGUAUAAUAAACUGGUGAUCCUAAAUGAGAGCAGCGAUCCUGCGAGGGUGAAUACUGAAGGUAGAGAUGGUGGACGCGGCGCCAGCCCUGCAUCGGCGGGUAGCCGGGGUCAACGUGGCGUAACAAAACCCGUCACCACUGAAGAUGGAGGCGCGACGGAUCCGGCGGCACUGGCGGUUAAGAAUGAAGCAGCUAAGCGCGCCCGCGCAGACGAACUAAUGGCUCGUUUGAGCAAAAAACUCCGCGUCACAACGGGUGACAAGAAGCGACUGAAGCUGCAAGCGAAGAUGCUGCGCGUACUGCCCAAGUGUUCCCUCCCGCAAAUCGAGCCGAAGCUGUCGGCCAGUCCACCAGCACGUGGCUUGGCGACCGGCACCGCGGCUCCAGGCCGCUCCAUGGACAGCAGCCGGCCAGCCGCUGGCUGCAAAUUUGAACUUUCUCGGACGCCAAAAGCUGCACUGCUAGCGGUGACGCGAGGCAGCAGCACUGAGGAGGUCGCACGGCUGCGGCUGCGGCAACAGCGGUUCGGGGAUGCAACGGCCGCAGCUGCGCAGGAGGCGAGCGGAAAGGGAGAUGUGGUGCUGGCUGAGUCGGGCGGCUACGGAACCAGCGAGGCCCUGGAGAAGGAGUACUUGCGCCUCACAAGUCUCCCGCGAGUUGCCGAUGUUCGCCCGCCGGCUGUGUUGGCCGUCGCCCUGAAGCUGGUAAAGGCCAAGUGGCUGCAGCGGCCGGAUUACGGCGCGGCUUCGGAGCAGCUCAAAGCCAUUCGGCAGGACUUGACGGUCCAGCAUGUACGGGACCCGUUGACGGUUGACGUGUAUGAAACCCACGGGCGACUGGCGCUGGAGGCCGACGACCUGGCGGAGUUCAGGCGCUGCCACGGCGUAUUACGGCAGUUGUACGGCGAGGGGUUGCCAGGCAACCCUGCAGAGUUUGAGGCGUACGGGUUGCUGUACACUCAGGCGACCGCUGCCGCCCGGAACACGCUGUCGAUGGAGCUGAGCCGGGUGCCAACUCACCUGCUGAAGCAUAGCUUCAUGCGUCAUGCGCUGGAAGUGUGUUCAGCAGCAAGGUGCGGCAACUACGCACGCUUCAUAGCCUUGUAUGACGGAGCGCCGCGGAUGUCACCGUACAUCAUGGACCGGCUAUUGGGGCAGAUGCGGGCUUUAGCGCUGCAGAGCACCGUGGCUGCAUUCAAGCCGCUCCCCGUGCCGCUGUCACAUCUCGCAGCGCAACUGGGACUUGAGACCGAGGAGGAGGCGGCGGAUUUGGCAGAGCAGUAUGGCGCGGUGGCGGACAGGCAGACUGGGUGUUUGGAUACGAAAGCUUCUGCCGCUCAGCAGCUACUGGCGUCGCGAGGCAGUGCUGCCCAGUAACGUUCAGGGCUGGCAGACGACUUUUCGGCCGAUGAUGGUGCAGGCGCGUAAUUAAAUGUAAACCGCGCUAUGUU